UCAUCGAAUCAAUCCCGAAAGUGCUCCAUUUUCCGUUCCGUCAUCUUUUGAGUUCAGCUGUACGAGCUCUUAGCAGUAGACGUAUCGUUCGCGUGAAUUCCAUAGUACCGACGUAUGGCGUAACACAUACAACCUUCGUGAUAUUUCGUUAUGUUCAACUAAAAUAAGAGCGACGCUAGUCGAAGAGAUCGGCGGUUGUAAGUUCAUAAUGGCUCGAUUGGAUGCAAGUGUUCCUUUGACUGGGUCCAAGUUAUCCCACAUUCUAAGGGGUAAUCCAGAAUUUAUAGAACAGUUAAGUCUGUGCUUGGACCGGGAUAUGAGAUUGAUACAUAAUUGGAAACAUUUAGCAUCAACGCUGGAAGUUGAGGUGGAUGUCAUCAAACGAUUAGAACAGUACGGUGACUUCAGUCCUACAUUCCGAUUAUUUGAUUUUCUUGAGUCCUGGAAACCGGAUUUAACGAUUAAAGAACUAAAGGAGACCAUGUUGGAGAUCGGGAGAAACGACCUACUCAAUUUACUGACCACAGAAGUUGUUUGCAUUGACUCUGAGAGAGUUGUUGAUGUAAUCACUAAACCAAGUGAAGCCCCUUCACCCAGAGCUGGUAUUUUGGACGAACUUGCCUUGGCUCUGGAUGGGCGGUCACUGGUUUUGUCAAACUGGUACACCUUGGCAAUUAAACUGGGCGUGCAAAGAAUCACAUGUUGGACGUUUGAAAGACGAUCCACAGAAAAUCCAACCGGCAGACUGUUCCAGUAUUUGGCUACUUGUUGCCCACAAUUGACACUUACUAGUCUCAAGGAAGCUCUGGAUUCUAUUGAGAGGAGGGAUUUGAUGAACAUUCUUAAAAAUAAGAACCUAGGAGAUGACGUAUUACUUAAGGAUGUCAUUACCCCUGGAUCAGAACUAUUAGAAAAGAUAUCGCAAGAACUUAAUCGAGAUGACAAUAUCGGCGUCAAAAAUUAUGUACAUCUGGCCUGUGAGUUGGAAGUACCAGCCGAAAUUCUUCGACAGUUUGCUGAUGUCCAACAAUGCAGAAAAAGUCCUACCAAAGAGGUCUUGGAAUGGAUGGCCGCUCGGUUCCCUGAAACAACGCUAAGUGAUAUUGCACAGGCACUUGAAAAGAUCCAGCGAAAUGACGCCAUACAAAUAAUAUCAAGGCAUUUUCCGAACACAAUUGACUCAGUUUUAAAAGAACUUGGGUGUUCAUUUCAGGGCAGCUUGAACGUGCCAGAUCCAACACGUGCGAUGAUUUCAACCAGCCGCAGGAGAGAAAGGCGUGGUUCGCCUCCUAAGCAAGUUGCAGAAGUGCAGGAACAAUCCGGUCACUUUGGAAGCUUGCCAGACCGAACGAAUUUAGUGGGUCGCAGUGAUAUUUGUGGAAACAUAAUUAGCGCCCUGUCUUCAAACAAGGCUGUUGAAAUUGUCGCACCGCCUGGAUAUGGAAAAACGUCGGUGGUAAUAGAAGUCGCUCAUAAGAUGAUGGAAGUGAAAAAGGCCAUUGUUUACGUUAAUCCACGAGAUGUUACUUGUGUAGAAGACUUGGAAAGCAAAAUUAUCGAAGCUUUAGGGUUCGGUCCCGGUGAGAACACAAUGACUAAAAUAUUUCGUUGCUUAUUUCCAUUAGAGAAAAAUAGCGUGCUGUUGAUUAUUGAAAACAUUGACAACUUGCUGCACCUUGAGGAUCAAGUUAGCAACGCUAAAUACCACCAAGAAUUAGAAGCCACGAAUAACUGCGCCAAAGUGUGUGGAAAAUAUAUGAAGAACGACUUUCUGAUGUUUUUUAAAGACUUAGGACAAAGUCCAAACGUUCAACUUCUGCUGACAUCUAGAGAAACCUAUGAUUUUAAUGUGUAUUUCCCAAUUGAACUGAUUGAUCUAGAGCCUCUUAACGAAAAGGAUUCCGCUUCUAUGUUUGCAAAGUGUGACGAUGGCCUGGAAGAUGACUUGAUCAAAGAUCUGGUCAGAGUUUGUGGUGGUAUUCCCCUGGUAAUCUGCAUAGUAAUCUCAAUUCUAAAGAAAGAAAAUCCCCAGGAGGCAGCCCGUCGACUUUGCACAACUCCACCAAGAGUUCUUGCUAGAGAACUAGAUGCCGUUUUUUUAGCCAACGAGGAUCGCAUUUACAAGUGUCUUCAAAUAUGUUUUGAUCGCUUAAGUCAAGAAAAUCAGAAGAUUCUCGUAAUGUUCUCUACAUUUCCGUGCACAUUCACCCGAGAACAAUUCCAGGCAGUCUUUGAGUCAUCGGUCGAAGGCGAUUUGCAAACGUGUCUGAAUUGCUUGAAGCAAAGCAGCCUUCUCCGCUUCAACAGGAGAAAAUGUUAUUUCUCUCUUCAUCCUUUCAUUAGAGAUUUCUUUUCACUGAAGCCGGGUCAUACAGAAGCCAAAUCGGUUUUUAUUCGUCACUACAGUGCCUUGGCCGUUACUCUUUAUAAAACUUUCUUGAGUAAAGAUUGCAAGUCGGCAAUUGAUCAGUACAUUUUAGAAAAGAAUAACAUUCGAGAAGCCAUGGCUUGGUGUGGAGACGAUCAUCCUGAUCUCGACCAAACCUUGAGGGAGCAUUGCAUUCAGGCCUUCAACAAGUCAGCUGUAUUUCUUGCCAAGGUGAUGCACAAACAAGAGUUUCGGUCGCUCUUUUACAAGUUUGCCCAUCGAUGUCACAUGCAACUCCGCAGCGCUUGCUUGACGAACAUUGGAAUGAAAGUUGUGUUAAGCUGCACAUGUACACCUCAUAUUUGUCAAAGAGCCUUGAAUCAAGCAAAGGAAACUCUGACUCAGGCAAAUCAAAUUCAGUCAACAGCUAAAGACUUCAGCGACGCAACUCGUGCCCAGUGCUUGAGCAAGCUUGGUUUUUGUCGUGUUUGUGAGGGGCGCGUUAGCGAGGGUUUUGAAUACAUUGACAUCGCUUUGAAAUUACGAAAGGAUAGAGCAAAGGCGGAAUUCGAAAAGAGCAAAGACCAAGUCAUGAUGGCUGCUUGCUUGAAUGAUUUAGCAGCUUCUCAAAUGGUGCAGCGAAAACAUAUGCUGGCUAUCCAAACAAGGCUGACUCAUGUGCUGCCUGUCUAUGAAGAGAACCUUGGUGACCACCCGUUCACGGCAACCACUCUCAACUGGAUUGGCAACAGUUACCAUGCUUUGGGUGACUACGACAAUGCCGUUAAACAUAUCAGUAAAUCAGUAGAAAUACGAAGGCAACUGUUGGGGAAUCAUCAAGAAACGGCUAAGUCUCUCUAUGAUCUGGGAGUAGCUUUUACUGCGAAACAAGAGUAUGAAACUGCCCUUAAACUUCUUGAAGAGGCAGCUGAUUUGCAAGAAGAAGUACUGGACACGUACGACGAGCUGAUUUUCACUCACCAGGCCAUGGCAGUUGCUCUUCGUGGUCUUGGAAGAACCGAAGAAGCAGAAGAAGAAAUGAAACGCUCGAAUGAGUGUGCAAAAAAGUUGGAUUCUUGGGAGGCUCCUUCAGAUAUGCUCGGAACCAAAGAACUAGAAUUUGUCUGGGACCAUUUUUGAAACAACACCCGUCCCGGCAGUACCCACAAGGAGAAUUCACACUUUAUCCUUUAAUUCCCAGAUCAAAUUGGUAAUUCUCCUUACUGUCAAACAUAUAAUUCUUAUAAUUUUAGUUCAGAGAAUUUAGUACUGGAUCAACUAAUUAUCCCCAAAUUGAUAUUUUUGUUUAUUCUCAUCACUUAUCUGGUUGAUAUCGAAUUGAUAUUGUAAUGAGAAAUUCUGUGUUGGUCACUCAUGGGAGUUUAAGGGUUAAGAAAGCGCCCACUGAGCUCUUAAUCAGGUUAUCAGUUUAAAUCCGAAAGAAGCGAUGGGUGUACAUUCUCCCAAAAAUGGAAUUUAGAUUUAGAGAGAGCCUUUUUUGUCUACAACGGAUGAUCGGGAAUCGGUCUGUUAAUAUUUUGAUCAAUAGGAAAAAUCAUUGUUGCAUCGGGUAUCCAGGUCCCGGGCGCACUGGGCAAAUUUUUCUUUACUUUACGAAAGAAUCUUAAGCAUUUCCAUGAGACAAGUGCGCACAAUUUCUGUCAGCCUUACCAAUCUUUUCAAUCUUUAGAGAGGGCCCUUUUUGUCUACAACGGAUGAUUUGGAAUCGGUCUGUUAAUAUUUUGAUCAAUAGGAAAAAAUCAUUGAUGCAUUGGGUAUCUAGGUCCCAGGCGCACUGGGUAAAUUUUUCUUUACCUUAUGAAAGAAAUUUGAUCGUUUCCAUGAGACAAGUGCGCACAAUUUUUGUCAAAGGCGCCGUCGUCCUACCUCGGAACAGGAUAAAUCUUUAUUUUACAUGCGUGAAAUCUGACAGAUUUUUCAGUUUACAAGCCACUGUUUGAAAAAAAAAAUGCGAGCCGAGU